AUGCAAGCAAGUGUCAUUCUUCCCUCUAAGGUGCAUGUAGCUACCGAGAGAAAUGUUGUACCCAAUUUGGAUAUCGAUGCAUUUAACCAAUUUUCUUCUUUUCCAUCUACCCUGGUUUCGCCAAGCUUUUCCACUCCCUCUUCACACCAUCGCGAGGAAACUUUGGUAACAGAAUCAACCUAUGAGACAAGAAAACAAUCUUUGAUGAAGCUCCUUAACGAGACCCUUGAUAUUGUCUCCGAUUUGGAAUCUAAAAUUGAAAUUUCAGCACCUGGACAGAAUCACAAUGGAAGCGGUGGUGAGUCUCUAUCGUUUCCAAGCAGCUUUACUUUUCGAUUUCCAAUCCGGAGUGGACAAAUUAAAAUUUUGCAUCUUUCUUUGCCUCCAUCGGCACGCUCCCCCCAGCUUUCUAUCCUCGAAGAUGAUCUAAUGACCAGAAGGCUGCUUUUGCUAAAGCUCCAUUCGACGCUUACCCACAUUGAGCGGCUAAAGUUGAGAUUGCUUGAUUCCUCCGUCCGAAUCCUGGUGACUGGCGACGUAAAUUCGGGAAAGUCAACGCUUAUAAACGCGCUGCUCGGAUUGCCCGAGUUUCUAGUGAUAGACCAGCAGCCAUGCACUUCUGCUUAUUGCGAAGUUGUUCUUGACCACCCUUGUACAUUUGACCCCCAACUCCCGGUCCAUGCUAUCCCACGUCUUGAGGGAUAUUCCCCGGAAGAUAAAUCUUCCUUUAGAGCGAUCUCUACCUCAGAAAUGCAACACCUUUCUGCAGGCAGCAUUGAUUCCAUUUUGGAAGAUGGGAUUGAAAGGCCAUACGCCUGGUUUAGGAUUUUUCUCCAAAAUUCAUCGAAUCUUGAAUUUUUUUCCGCCAGUCAACAGGAAAAGGCAGCAGAUUCAUCUGACAUUCUUCCUUUUUCGUGCUCCAUAAUUGAUUCUCCAGGGCUUAAUCACGACACCUUUCAGACGAUGAGUUUGUUUGCCAGGCAAGAUGACAUUGACAUCCUGAUUUUUGCAUCUGAAUUUUUAAACGAAGCUUCGCGGGAAAAGGAAAAGAUAUUCAUCGUUGUCAAUAAGUUUGACGACAUCAAAGACAAACAAAAAUGCAGAAGAAUUGUUAUGCAGCAAAUCGCCAAUCUCCUUCCCGCAACAUACAAAGAUGCAGAUAGGCUUGUUCAUUUUGUUAGUGCCAAAGAUGCUUGCCAUAGCGGUUCGGCUGGCCCUGCACAUCAAGAUCUUUCCGAGAAUUUUGUCCAAUUUCUUAAAUCUCUCUCUAGUUGGGCUACUAGUCCAGAGUUGCGGGCAAAAACAAAACUAGGCCCUCCUGCAACUUUCAUCGGGGCCCUUUUGAAUGAUAUUUUGUAUCUUUCUUUAUUUAAUAUUUCUGCGGUAGAAGCCGAAAUACGACGAAUUGUUGCGAUUGCUGCGCAGGAAACACCCCUGGAAGAGAAAUUGGCAAAAAGCGCUUCCUUUUUUGUUGAUCCCUCCUAUUUGGAUUGCGAGGGAGACAUUGCGGCUAGGGCCGCUCUUUCGGCAUCUUUGGAACAAUUGGGGGCAUUGGUUGAUGGGGGUGGCCUCUUGGUUUCUGCCCGUCUUGUGCAAGUGAGUGGUGCACAAUGGCCCGGUUCUUUUGCCCUUUUUUCAAUACCCGGAUGGAUUUGUGCCUUUUCAAAGACCUUGGAGGCUGUCGUUGUCUCACAACUAGCCAUCUGUAAAUCGAUUUCGGUUGGCCACGGGUGCGAAGGGGCUUCUCGUAUCCACAUAAAGGCCCGUCAAAUAUUGCCUGAAAUUUUCGACAGGAGCAAUUUGGAUGAGCUGGCAUCUCAGGCAGCUAGCAGUGGCAAGUUUUCUGACCUAGCCAACAGCCCCACUUGUCACACACCCGAUCUAAGUGCAUUUAAGAUUUCUGGAUGGGCUAUUCUUCUUGAUAUCCGAUCGGAACUAUUCCAAAUAGCGACUUGCUUUGGUACCCUUGGCGCAGUUACUGGCUUGACCGGUCUGGCAUUUCGGUUGGGCCUAUCUUCUACACUUGGAACGAUUGCCGAAACGUACUUCAAAUAUGGCCACAUGACACGCUCUCAUGGCCAUGGCUCAAGUGGGCGGGGCAUAUUUUCUCCCUCUCUGGCGCUUGGUUCUGUUCUCAUUGCUGCCAUUGGCUUUGGAGCGAUUACGCUAUCAAGGGAAUCCUUGGGUAUCGAUUCAAAGCCUGAUAGCACACCAUCUCCUGGUCGGUUUGAGACCCAUUUACGAGAAAAGGUUGCCACCUCCAUCGUAAAGAAGCUCCAAUCGUCCUGCUGGAAGGAGUAUGAAUCGGCAGCCCUUGCUACCAUUACUCGAGAUGCUACGCGUGCUUCCGUUUUGGAUGUCCAGACUCGCUUCCAAAUCCAUCUUGCGGCGUGUACACGCAGGCAAGCCUCGAGAGAAGCAUACAUCUCGCUUCUCGAAGAUCGACACGCAUAUUUCAGGGGAUUGCAGCGAAAAUGCAAUGUAUUGCUAACGGAAUUAGAAGCUACAGCUCCCGGCUAUUGA